ACUCACUGCACCCCUGGAAUGUGGUGAACAAUGAACGUCAAAGAGUGUGUGGAUGUGGAGUGAAAACCGUGAGGUGGGAAAGAAACGAGAAAUAAACCAACAGGGAAAGAUGAGGCGAGUGUCCUUUCGGCUGGGAUCCCUGCCUCAUCUGCAAGCCAUAACAGCCAGCCUGUGGGAUAAAUGACUUCUCCCCUAUGUUGGAAGGAGACCCAAGUGAAACAGACACUUCCUGGAGAGGCGAUGUUGCCACCCGAUACCCCAGGCAGAAGGAAGUCUUUGCUAUCAGGGUCCCCCACUCAGCAAGACGGAGGAAAAGUCCCUGGGACUGGAGAUGUAAAUCCCAGGGCAGGGUGCAGGAGAUCCUGAAGAGCCUGCUGCAUCUGGGCUUUGUGUAAAGGGAAAGGCAUGUUGCGGUUGGACCUGAUCCCUGGAAUGCAACUGUGAGGAGCAGCAGUUGGAAAGAGGAUUAUUCCUUGAUGAUUAUGGAGAACUAGCUUGUCAGCAAAGUGUCAGAGCAAACUCUUUCCUACAGGAAUAGUAACACAUUCCCACAGCUUAUGGUAGCCACCGGCCUGAAAGCUACAUCAGUGGCUGAAGGGAGCUCCACUCAGGUCUUUCCCAUUUCUUCCUCCUCUUCCUCUUAUUUCUUCUUCCAGUGAAGAUUGAAAAACAGAAACAUCACUCAGAUCUUUCUAGAGUGUUGGAAAUAUCGUGCCUUUGUGUGGGAUGAUUUGUACUGAUGUGCCACUUCAAUGGGAUGUACAAAGUGUGACUUGGGUGAUGACCGUUUAGCCAGGACUGAGCUGGUUAACAAAGUUUGCAGGCUGAGCACAAAGACUGGGUGGAAUGGAAGCAGCUUGCCAUGCACUUAUAGGACUCUAGUUUUAAACAAGAGAUCUUUAUGAAGGAGCUUGAAAACCAGACCUAUUGUUCAUCUGAAAAUUAAUUCUUGCCGAUUAAACGAUUGGCUUUUAUUUUUUCCCCACCUGAUGCAAUGCAGUGCCUCUUUGUUGGUUUUGUAUAUGUGAUUUGCUAUGCAAUUCAAAUACUAAAUAAGAAGGAGAGACAAACUUUCAUCCCAAGACAAACAGAAAAUCAAAGGUGAAAGGACUGUGAGACCUCAACAAUGAGGAGUUGCUCCCUGAAGUUUCCCAUAAACAGAGAACCAAUGUAUUUUGUAGCUGGAAUGCACUGAGGGUGAAAAGGGGAGAAAAAACCAUCUCAUCAGUUAGAGGAGUAUGAGGUCCACCCAAGGGUGAAGAGACUAUAACACAAACCUUCGGUCUGCCUGGCAAUGAGUAAUUAAUGGACGCCUGAUGUAUCUGUAGUCUCUGCUAGCAAAGGAGUUGAUGUCAUCAUGAUUUUCAUGAUAUGAUUUUUCCUCAGGAGAAGCUAUGACUUGGAACGACACCACAAUGGACGGGGAAGGCUUGCUCGUUGAAAGGGACUCCUCCUUUCGGAUCCUUACAGGUUGCUUCCUUUCUUUGCUGAUACUUUCCACGCUUCUGGGGAACACAUUGGUGUGUGCAGCUGUCAUUAGAUUUCGCCAUCUGAGGUCCAAGGUGACCAACUUCUUUGUAAUCUCCUUGGCAGUGUCAGAUCUUUUAGUGGCAGUCUUGGUCAUGCCUUGGAAAGCUGUUGCUGAGAUAGCUGGUUUCUGGCCUUUUGGUUCAUUCUGUAACAUCUGGGUGGCAUUUGAUAUUAUGUGCUCCACGGCCUCAAUCUUAAACCUUUGUGUCAUUAGUGUAGACAGAUACUGGGCCAUCUCUAGUCCAUUCAGGUAUGAGAGGAAAAUGACCCCCAAGGCAGCUUUCAUCAUGAUCAGUGUGGCAUGGACCUUGUCUGUAUUGAUUUCCUUCAUUCCUGUGCAGCUGAACUGGCACAAGGCUACAACCACAAGCUCUUUAGAGCUAAAUGCCAGUUUCCAAGGCAUAACUAUGGACAACUGUGAUUCCAGUCUAAACAGGAUGUAUGCCAUCUCCUCUUCUCUAAUUAGCUUUUACAUCCCAGUGGCCAUCAUGAUUGUCACAUAUACAAGGAUAUACAGGAUUGCUCAAAAACAGAUAAGACGCAUCUCAGCUUUGGAAAGAGCAGCAGUGCAUGCUAAGAACUGCCAAAACACCACAGGGAAUGGAAACAGUAUGGAUUGCCAACAACCAGAAAGCUCCUUCAAAAUGUCCUUCAAGAGGGAAACAAAAGUCUUAAAGACUUUGUCAGUGAUCAUGGGGGUGUUUGUAUGCUGCUGGUUACCCUUUUUCAUAUUGAACUGCAUGGUGCCCUUUUGUGAGCCCAGCCCACCAUCCAAGGGAGCAGAACCCUUUUGCAUUAGUUCCACCACCUUUGAUGUUUUUGUUUGGUUUGGAUGGGCUAAUUCCUCACUGAACCCCAUCAUUUAUGCCUUCAAUGCUGAUUUCCGCAAGGCAUUUUCAACUCUGCUAGGAUGCUACAGACUCUGCCCUACUUCCAACAACGCUAUAGAGACUGUUAGUAUCAACAACAAUGGGGCAGUUGUUUUUUCAAGCCAUCAUGAGCCCAGAGGUUCUAGCCCAAAAGAGUGUAACCUGGUGUAUCUGAUCCCACAUGCUAUUAUCUGCCCAGAAGAAGAACUUCUGAAAAAGGAAGAAGAGGGUGAACUAUCUAAGACCUUGGAGAAAAUGUCUCCAGCACUGUCCGGUAUCUUGGAUUUUGAAGCUGAUGUGUCUUUGGAAAAGAUCAACCCCAUCACUCAGAAUGGGCAACAUAAAACAUGAACAUUGAAGUUAGCCCAGCAAAAUCUAACAGUCAAAAAAGAUAUACAAGAUUUUUUGGUAAGAAACUAAGCUCUAGUGAGAAUUAUACUGUCAUGCAAAGCUCAGAUUUGAUUACUGGGUGUUCAAAUCAAACAUAAAAUUUUAAACAAAAAAGAUAUUGAAAACCUAAAGGUAUUUCUGUGUUGUUCAUACUGAAUAAAACAGAGACACAAAUUUAGGUACAAUGCAGUGUCAAAGAAAAUAUUUCUUCUGCUCUAUAAGUAUUUAUAGAAAUUGGUUUCUAUCUUAAAUUGGCACAAGAAAAAACCCAUUAACAACUUAACAAUUAACCUUUGAAGAAAAUGGGAGGAUUUACUUUGCCAUGUCUAGUUCUACUGGAUGCUACCAGGUUCUAAGUAAAGUUUGAGGGAUUAAAAAGGUAGGUAGAUGCCUUCUUACAUUAUUUCUGAAAAACAACUGAGCCUUACAAAUGAGAAUGGGUAUUUUUAAAGAUUUGGGAGAUAAUAUGUUGAUUCUGGUUUUAUUUAUUUAUUGUUUUAAAUGGAUAUUUUUCAUAUGUUAUAACAGAUCUAGCUUUAUUUAACUUAUUUAAAAUGUCUAAAUAAUGGGAUAUUUCAAGGGUCUUGCAAUUUAAUUUUGACCAGUCAACUAGUCAGCACUUUAAUAAUGACCAUUAAACACAAAACAAAAAACCCUCUCUGAUAGUCUGGAUAGCCAACGAAGUAAAUAAAGAAGAAGCAAUCAUAAAAAGCACAGCAAAAGAUGGGGGAGUUAAUGAAGCUGAAGCUGUGUAGAAUUUAUUCAUUUUUUGUGGGAUUGCUUAAAAAAAAUAGGACCAGAGUUGACUGAUUGACAAGUUGAGAAAGCUCUUCCCCUAUAGAAAUAAAAGGAAUUGCUGCUAUUUACUUUAAAAAGUUUCAUGUUACAAAGACUUUGCUAGAAUGUCAGUUUGUGGAUCUGUAAAUACCUUAAAUAUGAAUACCACCUUAAGAAGAAUUCAAUUUGAGAAGAGAAGCUUCUUAUAUAACAAUCAUUAGUAUAUAAUGUUUUGUAUUUAUGUAAGAUAAACAGCUUUCUCAGACUUUUCUUAUUUCAAGUCUUGGAUAUCUUUUCUGAAUAAACACAAUUGAUUAUAAUGGUAGUAAAUAUGACAAAUCUCGUUACCAUCUGUAUUAUUACAGAAACACCAGUAGUCAAAAAUCAUGCUGUCUGUCUGCUAAUGUAUCACAGCCAGAAUAACUUAACAAAUGAGGUACUUUAGUACUUUACCCUGAAAACUAGAAUGACAUUAAUUUUAGUCUUAAAUAUGUUAAUAGUACACUGAAUAAUGAAUAGUGCCUCAUUUUGAUUUUGGAUGAAGACAUUUCUAAAUGUGUAUGGAGCUUCAAUCCCCAUUUCCCAAUGUCUUGUGAGCUCCAUAAAAUUUGCCAAUGUUUAUUUUGACAACUGCUACUUUUUCAUUGUACUUUGAAAUCAAAAUCCCUGCCGUUUUUCCUUUAUAAUGUCAAAAGUAGUCAGUAAACAUUAGCAACAGUCAUCGGCAGGCAUUACUAUACGGACACAUUCCAAGAAAACCAUUUGUUUUUGGAGUGUUAGCAAAAUAUUCUUCAGAGAAACUCUUCGCAACAUUUAUCAGAAAGUGUUAUCAGGAAAAGAAAACUGAGAGAAAAAUUAGAAGUCUAAUGAAAUAUAUACAUCCUGCAUCAGGUCUGUGUUAUUUAUGUAUUGUGAAUGUUUUCAUAAUUUUAUUGCCUGUAUGCUGCUUUCAUACAUAUAAUAAAAUUAUUUUGUGAACAGAAGGUCAAAUAAAACAAUCUACAUUGC